CCAAUCCACCACUCCCGCUGCCACUCCCACGCCCAUCGCCCAUCCCCAGCUAUGGCCUACUACCCGUACACCGCCCAGCAGGGCCGGACAUUCAGGUAUCGUCUAGAGCCAAUGUAUGCCGCCAGCAACGUCGAAUGGGCCUUCAUGAACACCCAACUCACCCGCGACCCAGAAUUCGUUAAACAGGUAAUCCGAUCAUACAUUGACGUCAAACACUCCCACGGAAGAACCAAACUCGAGAUCAGUCAGAAGCUCGAACCGCUGGAAAGAGCUUACCCGCAGUUUGCGCAAUCUUUCGUCGAAGUUCGGACGGAACGAGGACUGCCCAAGUCUAGAAUCAUCUCGUUGCGUAUCAAUCCGCCCAAUUCUUUGCAACGUGCAUCAACUACACAAUCGCCCAACCGUCCUAGUGAUCCCAGGCCCGGUAGUCUGCGGGUUCAGACAACAACCAAUACCACUAGGCGCGCGUCUGCUCCCUCCCAGUCCGCUAGGCCGCCGGUGGUUAGGAAUCCUGAAGAUGGGGACGAGUUGCCUCCACCGCCAUACAGCAGUCAAGAUCCCGAACCAGAAGCUACCAGGAUUUUGCAGGAACGUUUGGCAGCCGAGACGAAUGUCGAACCUCCUACCGUACCUUCACCUUCCACUCCUCAAACUACUAGCAAUCCUGCCCCUGUUUCCCCUCAUCCAUCAUCUCCGCCAAAUCAUGAACCAACACGGCCAUCAAUCGCCGAUUCCAAUCCUCCGUCUGAUCCCCAAAUGGCCCAGAUCUGGGAGGAAUCACAGUUGGAUGAAGCUAAACGUGCUAGCCUUGCAUGGCGUGAGCAGCAGGAGCUUGAAGAAGUGAUGAGGCUAAGCCUUGCCGAAGCUGAGUCAAUCGGUGUCGGGUCUUCCACCGGACCUGGAACAUCUACCAAUACUCAAUCCGGACAGAAUCGCCUGUCAGUAGUGGAUGAGAACGAGGCUGCCACGUACGAACAAGCUUCCAAUUCAUCUCAGCAGCCCAACGCCGACCUGAUGGGUCUCGUGGGUGAUCUCGAGGAUCUUACAUUUUCAAAUUCGGAACAGGCAUCUUCAUCAAACCGUGCACCUCACAACCAGAGCUCAAUCCUUGACGACGAUGGUCCAAGUGGUUUAAACCAGCAACCGCUCGUUCCUUCCAAGACUGGACUUGUCAUGCAGAGCAAAAACCCUUUCUUGUCUCAAACCGAGAUGGGAACUUCCGAUGCCAAUGGGUCAUCUACUCAUCUAGAUAACACAACUUCAACGCCAGCUCAAGCAAGUGCAAAUGGGUUCAACCAACUUUCUGCUCACGGAAGCCCGGGAUCCACCCAUACAUCAUACAUCUCACAACCCAUUUAUGCUCCCCCGCCUGGGGCUCCCCCUCCUCAUCUCCGUGUCCCUACCCCACCGGCUCAAAGCCCUUUACCCACCCAAAACCAAACUUCACCAUCGCCAAGGCCAUUACCCCGUGCACCUGUUUCGCCACGUCUUUCUUCUCCCACUGUAUCGCAAACCCCUGGCCCGCCAGUGUACUCUUCACAAACAGCAUCUUCCUCCCAGCAACCCGACUCUUCCACUGUCGAUGGUGACUUCGCGGCUCCCCCUUUGCUUCCGAGGCGGCCUAAUAAAAGAAAGUCUACAUACGUCCCUCCUACACAGGGCGAGGACCCGCUUGAGAUGCUGCGCGAGUUUGACACUGUUUUCCUUGUUGAUGAUAGGGGUAGACAAAAUGCAGCUCAUUUUUAUUUUUAUUUCUGUUAGGGAAGCAAAGAGAGACCUGAUUUCAGGGUGGGGGCUCAGGGAAUGACGACAGUGGGUCCAGAACAAGUCGGUGGGGGUCAGUGAAUUUGUCGAGUG